AUGGCUGCGACACAGAAAGAAGGAUCUGACCAGAACUUCGAUUACAUGUUCAAACUGCUGAUCAUCGGCAACAGCAGUGUAGGAAAGACGUCGUUUCUCUUCCGGUACGCUGACGACUCCUUCACGUCAGCGUUUGUGAGCACGGUGGGCAUCGAUUUCAAAGUCAAAACCGUCUACAAGAACGACAAGAGAAUCAAACUGCAGAUAUGGGAUACUGCGGGGCAGGAGAGAUACCGCACUAUCACCACGGCGUACUAUCGUGGCGCCAUGGGCUUCAUUCUCAUGUACGACAUCACUAACGAGGAGUCGUUUGGAGCGGUGCAGGACUGGUCAACCCAGAUAAAGACAUACUCCUGGGACAACGCGCAGGUCGUCCUGGCGGGAAAUAAGUGUGAUAUGGAAGAGGAGAGAGUCGUGUCUUCAGAUAGUGGCAGACUGCUGGCAGAGCAGCUGGGUUUUGAAUUUUUUGAAACGAGUGCCAAGGACAACAUCAACGUGAAGCAGACCUUUGAGCGUCUGGUGGAUAUAAUCUGCGACAAGAUGUCAGAGAGUUUAGAGACUGACCCCGCCGUAACCACAGGCACCCAGGGAACGGCCCGGUUAACGGAUAACCCUCCUCCACUACAGCAGCCCAACUGUGCUUGUUAGUGCUCUGUUUACAUAGUAACAUAAGUGUGUUUGUGUGUGUAACACCUUUAGAUAGAUGCAUAUAUCCUUUAAUGUCAUAGAAUACAGGUGCUGGAACAACUUGAAUCUGAUCAGUGCAUGUCAGGAGUCAUGUGACCCUUUACACCCAAUGGAAACAAAGCUGUCACAUGGAUGCAGUCUUGAUCAACGGCAAGCAGUUUUUCAGUGUUUUAAAAAGCAGUAUGGAUAAACAUAGCUUGAAAAAUAUUAAUAUGUUGCAUUUCUUUGGUCAUCAGAUUUUGGUAUAUUUUGCCUGUGAGUCUGUUGCACCACUAGGAGGCGUUCAAACAGGACAAGUUCUCGUAUUCCAAAACAUAAAGCCAUGAUGCAGGGGUCUUGAGGCACUUUUUAAAAUGAUAAGAUGCAGCGGCAAAAGACAUCUGUCUGAUGCAUGUGAAAACAGACCAAACGAACCCAGGACGCAAGAAUGUGUUGUGUACGAAUGCUACUUUUGCCUGUUUUGUUCCAGCACCUUUGCACUAGAGUCACAUCCGUCUAUACGGUGCCUAGUUCAUUCUGACACUCUGUUUUCUUUACUAUCAAUCAAAGUCCUAACAGCCUUUACAGCACUGUUAUUUAAUUCAUCAAGACUUCGUCCACAUACAUGCAGCGGCUGUUUAUGAACUAAUGGCUUUGAGCACCACCGAACUGACCUUUCGCUAAGCCCAGCCCCCUUAGUUACUAGUAAAUGUAGUUACGAAUAAAAACGUAUUUACGAAUUAGUUUAGAAUAAACUGGAGAUUUUUGUGAACUCUUUAUGACUAAGUACAAUUAAACUGAGCCUUUCACUAAGCUGCGCCCUCUUAGUUACAAAUAAAUUUAAUUUUGUAAUUAUGAAUAAACUUAAUUACAUGGAUAAAAAUAUAGUUACUAAUUAGUUUAGAAUAAAAAAAAAAAAUUUUGUGAACCCUUUAUGACUAAGUACAAUCAAACUGACCUUUCCGUAAGCUCCGCUCCUUUUGUUACAUAUAAACUUCAUUUAAAGUUACGAAUAAAAACUAAGUUGCGAGUUUGUUUAAAAUAAACUGGAAAUUUUAUUGGAUUGGAUCUAACUAACUUUAAUUCUCCACCAAAGUUGGAGCUUAACAAAUGUCGUUGCGACUAAAAACAUUAAUAAUUAAGAAUAAACUAGAGAUUUUCGUUAAAUGUAUGAAUUUGAGCACGAUAGCAACUGAUCUUUCGCGAAGGUCCACCCCCUUAAUUACAAAUAAAUGUAAUUUCGCAGUUACGAGUAAACGUAAUCACAAAUUGGAACGCUUUGAGCACGAUCAGACUGACCUUUCACUAAGCCCCUUAGUUACGAAUAAACGUAAUUACAGUUACAAAUAAAAACGUAGUUGCAAAUUAGUUUCUUUAUGAUUAAGUAAUAACCAAUAUCUAAACUUCACUUCCAGAGUUGCGAAUAAAUAAAAAAUCUAAUAAAAACAUAGUUACAAAUGAGCGUAAACUGGAUAUUUUUGCAAACUGUGAAUUUUAUUUUAUUUUUUCUCAAAUAUUUUUGGAUGAUUCUAAAUUGACACAUUUUAAAUUUUCAAAAAUGUAAAUAUAAUUACAUAAUCACACAGGACAUCCUGUCUGGCAACAGUUGCUAAUGUAGGAUUGGCCAGAUUUUGUUUUAGUCCUACAAAAUUGCAUUAAUACACACAAACACACUCUUUUCAGCCAGUUUUGUAGAUCAGGAAUUCAUGCCAUAUUAAUCUAAAUGAAAUUUCCCAUCAGUGAUAUCAGCUGCAUAACUCUAGUGUGUGUAUAUGUGUACCGUAGAUUAUUAAAGAUUACGUCAUCUAUAUGAAUACAUGAUCUAUCUAGUGUAUAUAGGUUUGUAUAUACCUCAGUCAGAUGAAUAUAAUAUUAUGGAUUUAAGUAGCUGUUCAAUACAGGGAGGAAAAAUGUGCAUUUAAUGUUUCUAGACAUUUAGUUUGAUCAUUGUAAAUGAAUUCACGCUGAUGAAGUGAAAUAUUUAUCUAUUUAUUCAAAGCAAACAGACUUUACAGUGAGAAAAAGAAAAGUAAAUGUGCUUCAUGAGCUGCGUGUGUCUGAUAACGAAACGUUCUUCUAGGUGAAGUGGAUUUUGUAUUUUUCCCCAAGCCCUUUAUUCUCCAUUUCUCUUUUCUGUUUAUCGCUGUCGUCGGUUGUUUUUCUCUGGUGGCUAAAAAGCUACUUUGUGGAGGAUGUGAUUUGCUGUCCCUGCUCUUAUCUUGUUUUAUGCUCAUGGCCGGAGAGGAUUCAGUGACUUUAGAUGUUAUAAGGAAACCGCUUCACUGUUGCCUGAGUCGGGUCGAAGCUCGCUGGAGCUUGUCUUGUAAAAUGAUGCAGCAAUAGCCAAGGAAAUGUGUCGUGCAGCUAUUUUCAGAAGUGAGUCACUCAUCAAUAUUUCAUCCGACAAACCUUAAAUGACUUCGGCCAUGGAUGGAAGUUUUUUCAUUUUUGAGCCAGAAAUAUAACAUUUCUAAGGAAGAGCAGUUCUUGGGCAAACUUCUUGAAAUAUGACAAUAUUCAGAUUAUAUUUCACCUCAAAAUGAAACAUAGAAAGAAAAAGCAGUUUUUCAUAUAUUCAUAUAUAUAUAAUUUAAAUAUUUAUUAUUUUGGUCUGAAAUAUAACCUGGACAUGUUGCUGACCAGUUUCAUGAGAUUCUUCUUCUAGUUCAAGAUGGUUUUAUUUGUUUCUCGUCCCUAGAGAUUGACCAACUUUCAAUGUGAUGUAUAAUAAUAUAAGUAGAAUUAAGUUAAAAAAUGAAAACACAGCCCUUAAACUACAUGGUGUGGUCUGUAGAUAUGUGUGGUUUUGUGAGCGUAGUACAAAAAAAUAAAGUUUAUAUAACAUUAGGCCGACAAUAUCCGGCAUUAUUAAAAACGUAUUACGGUCACAGACUGAAUACGCCGGUACGUAUAUAGCUAAUAGUUCAUUGAUGUGUCCUCAGAAUAAAGAAAAUCAGUAAGAAACCCACCUCGUUUCCCCACCAAAAGCCACGUUUAGCAUUAUCCCUGCAUGAAAUUGUAUGGCAUUUCUAUUUAGAUACCUGUAUCUGUAUAAUCUUAUUUGUUAAUUUAUGCGUCCCUCAGUAUGUGGGGUGCAAUGGGCCAGCAAGUGCAAUAUUUCGAAACCCUAUCUCUUGUAUAUAGUUGAAUGACUGUGUGUGUGUGUGUGGAGAGCGUCUCAAUGUGCUAUGCUGAUUUUGCACACUAUCAUAACCCACGUAUGGAUGAUUGCUCUGCCUCACCUUCUGUGUUAAACUAUCUUUGUGCUGACAUUAAGACAAAAUACUGUGGAGUUACAUCAGUGUGUGAGUGUGUGUGUUGGUGUAUAUAUUAGUAUGGAGAAAAGUAAACGUGUAUCUUGUUGCAAGUCAUCUCUGUGGUUUUCCUUUGUGUUUGUGUGUAAAUCUCAUUCAUUUAGCGCAUGCAUAGGGCUAUAUAUCUGCAAUCACUUUACUGCAAUUCAGUAGUUUUACAAUAGCUGUCAUUUCAGGUGUACAGCAUGCAUAAAACAGCUUUUUAAAUACAAGCUCAAAAGGGAGUGAAAACAGUACAAAAAGUACUUGUACUAUAGUUCAGUUGGAUAUCAGAUGGUAAUGAUUUCUUUGUUAAAAGAUACUAUUUUACCAUGCUAUGUCCAAAAAAAACAUGGUACUUUCUUGUUAGACAGUAAACCUCUUUGUUUGCAUUUAAAUGAUUUAUUUUCUUAAUUUUAUCAAUGCCACGUCAGAUUUGCUUUUCCCUUGUAGAGAAACAGUACAAUUUCAAAAGUCCCCUCAGAACAUUAAAAUGUUCAUUUUAAUUUGUCUUAAUUGAUCUGAGGCUUUAAGCUACUGUCCCCAAAAUAUGGUGAUUUUUAUUUAAAAUGUUGUGAUUUUAUUCUAAAUAUUUUAUUUUUAAAAAGUGCUAAUCUAACUUUUGGUUUGUGUGGAAAAAAAUAGUUGGACCUAACUUGUGAUAUCCGCAGUGAUUUCUAAUAUUUUAUUUGAAGGAAUCACUCUAGAGCUGGUUGUUCUGUAUGUGUGGCGUGUGUAUGACAAAAGUGUAUCAA